AUGAACAGUAUCUUCAACUUGACCAGCCUCCUUCAGAGCUUGCCCGCUACGACGCGAAGUCGAGCACUCACAAAGUGCUCUGCAUGCCUCUUCUCGACUACAGCUCCUUUGGAAGCGAAGCGGACAAGGAAGCGAAAGGUUAGGAAGCAUGUCGACCCUUAUCGCCUGGCGCAAGCCCGGCAGCGCAAAUCAGCGAAUUUAGCACGACAAAAAGUGUUGCAAGCAGAACGGGAACUCUCCCUUGGUGACCCUGUCCGAUCACGACCGACUCCGUUUGUCAAUUCCUUGCAAGCAAAUGCUCCUAUCUCGACGAUCAAAGAGUCGUACCUCAACUACUUCCUCAAAGCAGACGACGUACAGAAGUCUCUAGAAUACUCCAAGUGGCUUACCGAACCUCUUCCCGAAUCCAAUCCUAUUGUGGGGGCUGAAGCGCGGCUUGCGGAAAGAAUCAAAGAGCAUGCAGCCUCCCACGGAAAUGCCUCGAAGGCUUUACUGGCUAUUGCCUCACUGGAAAACGCUAGCAGCAAGGAUCGCACACGCAUCAACAUUCAAAGAUGUAUUGAGGAGUUCGGCCGUCACAACACUGAAGGAGUUCUUGCGCCAGGGCUUCAGAGCAAGCAGAAUGUCAGGAAGGAAAGUGAAGACUCCGAUGCAAUUGCCGUCACUGUCCCGAAACGCAUCGGCGCAGAUACUGGGUCUCCUGAAGUUCAAAUUGCGAUCCUGACGGCCAAGAUUAACGUCCUUGCGAACAACUUGCACAAGAAGGACAAAAGCAAUAAGCGGCGAUUGAGAAUGAUGGUGCACAAGAGACAAAAAUUGAUGGCUUAUCUAAGAAGGCAAGACCGAGGCGGGCCAAGAUGGCAAAACGUUGUCGAGAAACUGGGGCUCAACGACGCCAUGUGGAAAGGAGAGAUCAGCUUGUAA